GUUACUAAGUUACUACCUACUACUACAUUUUUUUCACGAAGGAAUUUUUCUCUUAACCAGAUCCUGAACCAUACGAGAACUUCGACAAAUGGAUAGCAAUUUGUGAAGUUACUGUUACUAAGUUACUGCUACUAAGUUACUACCUACUACUACAAUUUUUUCACGAAGGAAUUUUUUUUUAACCAGACCCUGAACCAUACGAUAACUUCGACAAAUGGAAAGCAAAGCAAUUUACGUACGAAUUCCAUUGCGGCCUGAUAUAUCCAACUUAUGCAGAAGCCCCGGAGCCUCGGAGAGGUUGUUGUCAAGCAACUCCGGCUCGGUUUCUGAAACGCGGUCAUCUUUGAAAUCUGCGAUCCUGACACCAUCGCAGAGGAUACUGGAGGUCCCAACACGCCCGACGCAGGAUGCGAAGGGUCGGUGGAUCGAGCACACGAUCUUGGGCGAUGUCGCGGAGUACGAAGAGAUGCUCAAACAAAUGGGUGGCAUUGCGAGUCGCGAGAAGGCAAAGGAGGGGGAGGCGGCGAAGGAGGAGGUGGAGGUGGAGGAGGAGGAGGAGGAGGUGGAAGAGGGAGGACAAGCGAGAAGAGCGAAAGGAGAAACCACAAUGCCUAGCACUGCUCAGAAGCCUGAGGAGCUGACAAUGUCACAGGCAAGAACAGGAGUUGGGGAGGAUAUACUGGAAGGAGAUUACCCAGAUGAGGUUGCGGAAAUGGUCCGAACGGUCCCUGAAAGUGCCCACCUUAUCAAAGAAGCCUAUCAGGAACGAAAGAGGCAUUGCCAAGGUCUGGCUGCAGAGGUCGAGAGGAUUCGUACGGAAAGAAACAAUGUUAAGCUCUCAAAGGAACUCGAGCGCUUCAUCUGGCUGAGGAUUGCUGCUGGCAAGCAGACUAAUUCGCUUGUGAAUUGGGAAGAGAAAAAUGCAGAGUGGAUGAAGACCAAGGAUCAUCUCCAAGCUGCCACGCAGAAGGCAGAGAGUGAGCUAGCAAUGGAAAGAGCGGAUUUUCACCGUGCGAAGAUGGAAGAGUUGGACAUGUUUGAUGUCGCUGUUCCACCCGAGGCGAGGCAUGCGGACGACACACUGUGGGAGAUGUCACUAAGAGGCUGCUGGAGCAAGUACAUACAAGUGGGGAACAUCUUCAGCAGUCUGUUCACGAAUAUGGAAGAUGGUACAAGGGAGCACGUUGAGCGUAUCGGAAGGCCAGAUCUCGAUAUCGUGAGUUCCUUGGCCAAUAGCCAUGCUGGACAACACGGGAAAGGUAUGCGUCGAAAUUGGUUUGAUGUGGAGUUUCUGCGCGAGAGACGCGAGAAGUAUUACUCUAUCAUCAAGCAGAGCGAGCCUCACAAGCCCAUCUUGGAUCACAUGCAUGUUGUUGGAGUGGGCAUGGAGGCAAGGAUGAGUGCUGCUGCUAAUGAACCUAUCUCCUUGAUAGAGAUAGAAGAGACAAUCACUGCAACAGACAAAGGCGGCAAGGAAUGGGCAGAAGUGCUGAAGAAGAAAGAAGCAAAGGCAGCAGAGAAGGAGGCGGAAGCAAGGGCGAAAGAGACAGCGAAAACAGCUGCCAGGGAGGCAGCAGCAGCAGCACGAGGGCCUGGCAUCUGUCUUGUCGAAAAUCGGGUACACUUUAUAGGCCCUGUCAAAUCGCUUAUGCGACGUAAGGUACACAUCAUCAACAUUGGAACAACUGCCAUUUAUUAUACUUGGGUCCGGCAACCAGUUAAUCAGACAGUGCCAGAAAGCCUGGGAGUAGAGUCCAUGCUCACAUUUGGCGGUGCAGUGAAGCCUUCUAUGCAAAAUAGUGGUGUGGGUGUUGCUCCCCCAAGAGGGGCCAGAAAGGGACUCCAAUGGGUUGAGACAUCAUGUUUCUAUCUCGUCAAUGAGGAUGGUGUCAUACUUCCCGGUGAAGAGUUCGACUUUGUGUUUCUCUUCAGGUCAUCACGCCCCGGAAUUUUUCUUGAGGAAUGGGAACUACAGACCAACCCCCGCCUGAAGAAGCCGUUGCCUCUCGUGUGUUUGAAAGGGAUUGCUUUGGGCGAAGACGUCGCAAGUGUUCGUCGUCGGGAUCUGAUAGAAGAGCUCGAGAAACGAGAGAAGAUCCACACUGUGGAAGAGACAAUAGACUGUUUGCUGGAUAGAGUGCGAACCCCGACGCGUGCCCGCAGACGUUCCUCGUUGAUGAGCCUGAUGCUUAGUAUAGAUGUGCAGAGACCAUCAUUGACUGGGGACGAUUCGAGGAGGAGAUCAAGGCUUUCCCUCCUUGUGAUGAACUCGAGGAGGCCAUCGCUGCAGAUGAAGGAAGCAGCGCGGCGCAAAUCUGCACAGUUUUCCACGACAACAGAUCGGUCCUUGCUUGAAGCAAGAGGAGAAGAGAAGACGGUGGGCGAUGCAGUACAGUGGGCUGAUCAAAGCAUUGCACCCACCUCUGGUGCCGCUGCUGCUGCUGCUGCUACGGGGACAGACGUCAGUGCAGAAGUCGAUGGAGCCACAAAGGAAGCUCAGGAAGUCAAGGAAACAGAGAAAGCACAGGACACCAAGGAGCCGAAGGAAGGAAAGGACGGGGCGGAAGGUAAGGAGGACCCCUUCAAAGCAUGGUGGGAGUAUGAGGAGUGCUCCUUGUACUUCAUACGGGUGAACGUAGAUAUGUUCCCUCCUGUCUACUAUGCUGAUGACAUCUACUACGAGAUGUCCCAGAUAGCGUCAGAAGUCCAAGCUAUCCACACACAGAGGUUUGAGGAACAGAGGCUCAAGGAAGUGCAAGAGAGGGAACGCAAGGCUGCCGAAGAGAAAGAAAAGGAAGCUGAAAGAAAGAGCUCAAAGAAGCAGAAACAAAAUCCUACGCCGAUUCGUCUAGGUACGACUUCCACUCCAGGAGAGAAAAGUGGUAAAACCGCGGUGGUCACGCCGAAGGCGAAAGGGAAGAAAGGGGCCAAGGGAAGCAAAGGCCCUGAGGAAAGUGCAAAGGAGGAUGAAGAAGGGGAAGAGGACGUCGCAGGUCUUGCGGGAGGUAUCCUCCCUACUUUUGCGAAGACUCCUGGCGACUCCUCGCGUUCAACAUCUGCUGCCUUAGAAACCGCCGGAGAUCCGGACCAAGGUCGAAGAAAGCGGUCACUGGUUCCACAAUCUCUGCAAAGGCGUUCUAGCACUCUGCGGCUGCUUCUCCAAAUGGAUGGUUUCGAAAGCGAGGCAAUUCUGAAUCGCAUUUUGAGAGGAGAGGAUAUCAAGCAAGCGUUUAGCCCUGCGCCUUUUGAUGAAGGUGCCGAAGACGGCGUUUGGGAUGCCUGUAUCCCUGCUCUCAUGCAAGGGGUGAAGGAACUGAGUUCCACGGACAACCGGGGAGAAGAACUCGUCAAACGGCUGGAAUCGUUGAUCGAGGUGGCCCAGAUUCCUCUGGAACAGACUUCCUUCCGGUGGAGCAGUAUGCUUCGGGCACUUCGCUCUGCGGCUCUCCAUAUACCCGCGAUUGCCGAGGAGGUUACGGAGGACAUCGAGUCUGGUCGAGAGGAAGGAGUGGGGGUGGAAGCAGGAGGGGAAAGCAAACUGACAAAGAACUUGUCAACUGGAUCCAGCAUUAUGGCGCCUUUCCUUCAAGUGAAAAAUGCCAAUAAGGAAGUAGAAACAUCACAACAGUUAGCAGCAGUGCCUGGGAAUGGAAAUGGACCGCCGGCGAUGGAUGUGCAGCUGAUGGAUCUCAUGCAACUGAAUGCGGGUUUGUUCAAUUUCGGUGAGACCGAUGAGAAAGUGAGGAAGGAGGAGUACAUGAACGAGGUGCUGGGACGGUUCUAUCGAGUAUUGUACGAUGCAAUUGGUGAGUUUGAAGUGAACAUGGACAGCUCCGAAUCUAUCGUGGGCAACAUCCUCGACACAUGGGCGCAGGAAGCAGAGGAGAUCGCAGAGAAGGACCCCAAAGAGUUGGAACCGAUGAGGUGGAGAGUGUUUGCUCUCAGGCGGACCAAGAAGGCUCUCCUGUCCAGACAGAAGUCCUGGGUUGACUAUGAGCCACAGUCAGAGGGGGAGGAGGACGACGAAGCGGACGAGGAUGGGGAGGACCAGAAGGAGGAGGAGGAGGAGGAGGAGGAGAGGAACGUUGAGGAGGAUGACCAGUAUCCAUGGUCGCCGGACUGCCAAGGAGGAUCAGUGAAAGCGAUGGAAGCAAACGGAUUACUAGGAGUUAGAGGAGAGAACGAGGACAAGGAAGACAACAACGACAAUGACGAUGACGAAGACGAUGGCGAAGGCGAUGACGAUGAGGAGGAUGACAACGACGACGACGAUGACGAUGAGGAGGAUGAAGGGGACGAGGACGAGGACGAGAAGCAAACGGAGUACUAGGAGGUAGAGGAGGAGGAGGAGGAGGAGGACGACGACGACGACGACGACGACGAUGACAACAAUGAUAAAGGGGACGAGGACGA